UUACAAGUUACAAGUCACCCCCCAAAAAACAGCCGCAACAGCACUUUGGGGUUCCGGGCAAUGGCUAAUAUGUAGGAAGUAACGGCCGAGAUACGAAAGGUGAGGGUUCGUGUUUCAACCAGCAACUCUAGUCAAUUAUUUCACCCGCUAAAACACCGUUAAACUAAACAUGCUUUCUCCCUCUCUCUCUCUCUAAUGAGGGACCACGGCGGCACAGCGUCAUCAAGGUAAAUUAACAGAGACGGUUCCCGUCUUUCGGCCUCUCCGUCUCCCACCCUCUCUCUCUCUUUCUCUCUCUCACGGCAAAUAUAAGAAGUUCCUGAACAGAGCCCAUGCGGUUUCCGCCUCUCCUAACCUGCAACAACUCUCUCUCCUCCUUUCUCUCUCUCUUUGUCAUGGUUGCCACGUGUUAUCUUCCGUCGUGAGAUCGAGCCAAUCAAGUUGCAGGUCGCAGACAUUCUAUUAUUUCAGUCCACUCCUUCCCUCUUUCUCUCUCCAUGUGAAGGAAAAAGAGAGAAAUGAUCUAUCUCUCAUGUGUUUAUCCAGUAUCUGCAACACGACUAUUAAAUUCUAGCAACGAUCUCUUCUUUUGCUUCUUGUACUUCUUUUCUUCUCGUCGAUUUCUGUGCUUCAGCUCUCACAAGAACUCGAUUGGACUUGUUCUUGGUCUUGCUUGGAUCAUUUUGACAGCAGCUGCAGUAACUCGAUUAUUUUUGGCCGGGAUCUGUUUGGCUUGUAAUUGGUUUGAUCUUGGAGGAGUUUCAGUAAAUUAUCGGUUUGGAUCCGAUCCAGGCAGCAGCAGCGCCGGAAAAUGGCGCUGUUCAGAAGGUUGUUUUAUCGGAAGCCGCCGGAUCGGCUUCUCGAGAUCUCUGAGAGAGUUUAUGUAUUCGACUGUUGCUUCUCCACGGAUGUUCUGGAAGAGGAUGAGUACAAGGUUUAUAUGAGCGGGAUCGUGGCACAGCUGCAGGACUACUUCCCUGAUGCCUCUUUCAUGGUAUUUAACUUCAGGGAAGGAGAAAGGAGGAGCCAAAUUUCAGACAUAUUGUCUCAGUAUGACAUGACUGUUAUGGAUUACCCUCGUCAAUAUGAGGGAUGUCCUCUGUUACCGUUCGAGAUGAUCCACCAUUUCUUGUGUUCUAGUGAAAGCUGGUUAUCAUUGGAAGGGCAACAGAAUGUGCUGCUGAUGCACUGUGAGAGAGGGGGAUGGCCUGUGCUAGCCUUUAUGCUUGCAGGUCUUCUAUUAUACAGAAAACAGUACACUGGAGAGCAGAAGACUCUUGAAAUGGUCUACAAACAAGCUCCUAAGGAACUCCUCCAUCUCUUGUCUCCCUUAAAUCCACAACCUUCACAGCUGAGAUAUCUCCAGUACAUAUCCAGAAGAAGCCUUGGUUCAGAUUGGCCUCCACCAGAUACACCUUUGACUUUGGAAUGUCUUAUUCUUAGAGUUCUUCCCCUGUUCAAUGGGGAAAGGGGUUGCAGACCAGUAGUUCGUGUUUAUGGUCAAGACUCUUCAGAUGUCACCAACAGAAGUUCAAAAUUGUUAUUAUCUUCGGAGACAAAGAAACACAUUCGCCACUACCAACAGGCAGAGUGUAUACUUGUGAAAAUAGACAUUCAUUGUCGUGUUCAAGGGGAUGUUGUUCUUGAGUGCAUCCAUUUGGAAGAUGAUCCAGUACGGGAGGAGAUGAUGUUUAGGAUUAUGUUCAACACAGCAUUUAUCAAAUCAAAUAUUUUGAAUCUCAACCGUGAUGAAGUUGAUGUUUUGUGGGAUGCUAAGGAUCAAUUUCCUAAGGACUUCAAGGCAGAGGUUGCCUUUUCGGACUCUGAUGCUGUUGGGUCUAAUAUCACAACAGAAGUGGUAAUAGAAGAUGGGAAUGAUACAGAAGGAACUGCAGAGGAAUUUUUUGAGGUGGAAGAGAUUUUCAGCAGCACUGAUGGGCAGGAUGGGAAAGGAGAUUUUUACAUGCAUGCAACUCAAGAAAGCAUAUUGGAUGAUGUCAGUCACAAACAGGAUGGGAAGGCAGAAUUUACUCUUCAAACUACUGAAGAGAGCACAUUGGAUUCCAUGAAUUGCAAGCAAGAAAAGAAGUGUCAUGACAAGGCCAUGACAGGGCCUGCUACUGUAGGCAGCAAAUUAGAAGCCAAAGCAGUAAUUACUGAUGUUCAUGGCAAAUUAGAAACCAAAGCAGCUACUUCUGUUGUGCUUCACAGAGAGGAAGAUAUGGACAAAAAGGAGAAUGCAGAGAACAAUGGUACCCAGAAUAAGGCAGAUUUCAAAGCUCCACAGUCAAAGCGGGAUUCUGAUAUCCGUAGACAAAAGCCUGAAAAUGUACUGCCACCCACCCCAAAGAAGCAGCUUACUUCAAACACAAAACAACCUUCAGAUCCAACUGCAGCUAAGCAAAAGAAGAAACAACAAGAACCCGAGGGAAUCCAUGUGAAACAGACAAAACCAAACACAGUACCUCGAUGGAUCCAACCAAGCAAAGACUCUUUUACUAAUUCCAUUCAUGUAACAUCUCAUCCUCCAUCAAGAUAUAACAGUGCACCAGCUGCUAUAGAGAUUACUGCACUUUCAAAUGAUUGUGGUGCAGGUGAAACCGGGGCUCAUCCAUCUGUUGCUGCUCGUGUUGGGAUUAUGGUUCCUUCUGAUGAUUUACCUGAAUCAGCUGAUGAAUUUCAUGAAGUUGAUUCCAUUAUCCAUUCAGAAUCCACAGAUGAUGCACCAAGUCCCUCUCCACCAUUUUUAUUAUCUCCUUCAAAUGUUUCCCCACCUCCACCACCCCCCCCACCACCUAUUCGUGUAGGAUCUACAUUUCUGGUCCGUUCUCCUCCACCACCUCCACCUCCAACUAUCUGCCAUGAGGCAACUUCUCAGCUUUCAGGUCCUCCUCCACCACCACCACCACCACCACCACCACCAACUCCUCCUCCUCCUCCUCCUCCUCCUCCCCCUCCACCUCCUCCACCUCCCCCCAUGCGUGGAGCUCCACCUCCUCCACCUCCCCCCACACGUGGAGCUCCACCUCCACCUCCACCUCUUGGAGCUCGAGCACCUGGUCCUCCUGCUCCACCCAGACCUCCAGGUGGUGCACCUCCUCCACCUCCACCCUUUGGGGCGAAAGGACCAAAUGCAAUUGGUUCUCUAUCUGAUGCAAAAAGUUUAUCUGUUGGAAGAGGCCGUGGACUUUCACGUCCUACAGCUACAGGUUAUCAGGGGUCUUCUGCUUCAGCACCUCGGCGAUCUACAUUGAAGCCACUGCACUGGGUGAAGGUAACAAGAGCAGUGCAAGGAAGCUUAUGGGCAGAACUGCAGAGAUAUGAAGAGCCUCAAAUUGCAUCAGAAUUUGAUGUGUCAGAACUUGAGAGCCUUUUCUCUGCCACAGUUCCAAAUAUGGUUGAUGGCUCAGGAGGUAAAUCUGGAGGACGACGCAAGUCUCUUGGAUCUAAACCCGAUAAAGUUCACCUGAUUGAGCUAAGGCGGGCAAAUAACUGUGAAAUUAUGCUCACAAAAGUUAAGAUGCCUCUUUCUGAUAUGAUGAGUGCAGCAUUAGCAUUGGAUGAUUCGAUUUUAGAUGUUGAUCAGGUGGAAAAUCUCAUUAAAUUCUGUCCUACAAAAGAGGAGAUGGAACUUCUGAAGGGCUACAAUGGUGACAAGGAAAACUUGGGGAAGUGUGAACAGUUCUUUCUAGAGCUAAUGAAAGUCCCACGGGUGGAAUCUAAACUAAGAGUAUUCUCUUUCAAGAUUCAAUUUAGUUCUCAGAUUUCGGAUUUUAGGAAGAGUUUAAAUACUGUCAAUUCUGCAUGUGAUGAGGUUCGGAAUUCCAUUAAAUUAAAGGAAAUUAUGAAGAAAAUUCUUUAUUUGGGGAAUACAUUAAACCAAGGAACUGCAAGGGGUUCUGCUAUUGGAUUUAAGUUGGACAGCCUUUUGAAGCUUGCUGACACACGUGCUUCUAACAGUAAGAUGACACUUAUGCAUUAUCUUUGUAAGGUUCUUGCUUCAAGGUCACCCCAACUUCUGGAUUUCCACCAGGACCUUGUUAGCCUUGAUGCUGCAUCAAAGAUACAAUUGAAAUCCUUGGCAGAAGAAAUGCAGGCCAUAACCAAAGGACUGGAAAAAGUCAAGCAAGAGCUGGUUGCUUCUGAAAAUGAUGGCCCUGUAUCUGAUGUUUUUCGUAAGACCUUGAAGGAAUUCAUUGGUGUUGCGGAAACAGAAGUACUGUCCUUGACGACAUUGUAUUCUGCGGUGGGAAGAAAUGCAGAUGCUCUUGCCCUUUAUUUUGGAGAAGACCCUGCUCGUUGCCCAUUUGAACAAGUUAUCACAACUCUCUUAAAUUUUGUGAGGAUGUUUCGGAAAGCACAUGAUGAAAACUGUAAGCAGGCUGAGCUGGAGAGGAAGAAAGCUCAGAAGGAGGCUGAAAUGGAUAAGGCAAAGGGUAUUAAUCUAACAAAGAAAUCUGUGAAGUAGCUGGGAUUCCUCCCUUCAUAUCCCAGACAGGAACCCUAGCUCCUAUCAUACAGCAACUGGCAAAUCCAUCUGUGGUUGGAGGACAAAAAAUCAGAGCCUGCUUCAAGCGCAGGAUGAAAGACUACCUUCCCAUGAAUCCUGCAAUGGUAUUUUUGGCAACCAGUGCAGAUUCCUUUGAGACUGCAAAACACAAUCCGGGAAUGUAUCCUUAAAGCAUGUACAGAGUUCUGACCCUACUCACACUUGAUUCUUUCUCAUGUAACAUAGAAGGUGGUUCUUUUGUUUUCUAUUGAGAUUUUUGGCAGGAUAGAAUCAAGAAGUUGUUGUAUAGAAGUUGAGAAAUGUAAGGAGAAAAAGAAGGCAAUUAUACUGUAAUUGUAAUAUAACCAGGUUUGUCCAAUAGUUAGGAUAUGCUCACUUCAUCGAAGGUAAUGUAUCUUGAGCUUUCAUGGAAUCCCUCUCAUUGUUUCCAUUAUAGAAUGUCCUUUGAGUUGAACAUUGGAUAAGGAGAAAUGCACAAUUACCAGAGAACUUCAUUCA